AUGGCUUACAUAUCACAAGCCGGGUAUAAUAGCGACACCCCAAAGUCUGGAAAUACAACAUCUCCAGACGCACAGCAUACUCAUUUAGCACUUCAUCCUGCAAUGAGUUCGUCUUCUAACAGCCGCACUAGUCAACUGACAAUGGCGCUUUUGGAAGCCAAGAUUGGACAAUUGACAAAUCAAUUCAACAGGAUUGAGAGUGACCGUGUUACUCCGUUGGAACGCGAGAUAUCGAUGUUGAGGCAGUUGCUUGAUUUCCAAAACACAAAGUUGGACAAAGUGACGUCCUUAUUGACGGACUUGAUUACCCAGGUGAUGCCCAGGAGGAAUAAAAUUCCGAGCGAAGAUGACGUGGUGAUGAGUUUGAGGACUAAUGGUGCAUCAUCCCCUGAGCUGGAUGAUGAUGAUGAAUCCAUGUUGCGGUCCAUACGAGCUUUUCAAGAGAGUAUCAAUGUAAGUGAUCUACAGCGACACAACAACGUGCAACAGCAAAUACACCAACACAUGGGUAAUUUGCAAGCGCAGCAGUUGCACCAGAAUCACCAGCCUGUGAUUGACCACAACAGAGUUUCAAUGCACCGCAUGCCGAACCAACAACAACAACAACAACAACAACAACAACAACACCAACAUCAGCACCAGAACCAGAGUCAAGAUCCUGCUUCGGUACAUCUUGCAAGAACUAUAAGUAGUAGUAUGGAUCCCGAGUUACAGCAUGUGUCCUCCGUUUUGUCAGAAAACAUACUUUCUAGGCAAGUAAGUCAAGACAAUCAAUUAUCUCGUCGAUUGAAUCAUUCGCAGGAAGACAUAGCUUUGAAACAAAAGUCCAAGUCAAGAAAGAGGAAAAGAGGAGAGACCAACGAUGCAGAAAACACACUGCGCAGUGACACGCGCAUGUCAUCAAAAGUCGACCAAGGUGGAGACUCUACACCUCAAGAUAAAAUCCACAUUGAAUUUAUUCACCAUCCAAGUACAGUGCGUGAAAUUUAUGAUGAAUUUUACAAGGGUAUCAAGGGCCAAGAGCCGCUUUGCGAAUUAGACGAAAAAUACGGCAAGCUUAAAUGGAGAGGAAAUUCUAGAUCUAAAGAUAGCAAAAGGUAUCAAAGACGGAAACGAUUAUGUGAAGCAAUAAAGAGAGGAAGUCAAAAGUACAAUAAACUGGACGACGAGAUGAUUGAGUAUUUCGAAACGUUUCGCAAGAAUAAAUCCCUUACCUGGCUCAUGAAUGGCAAUAUACCCGAGGAACUAGCAGAAUAA